AUGUCAAAGAUCAUCACUGUUUUUGGUGCUACGGGAAACCAGGGAGGUUCCGUAAUUCGAGCUAUCCUUGCUGACCAUGAAUUGUCCGCCUCCUUCAAGAUUCGCGGCAUCACGCGAGAUCCCACCAAGCCCGCGGCGCAGAAGCUCACCAGUAUGGGCGUUGAAAUGACACGUGCUGACCUCUCGUCCAUCGAAUCUAUCAACUCUGUUGUCAAAGACGCUCACACGGUUUUCCUCGUGACCAACUACUGGGAGACUGUAUCUCGUGAUAUUGAGACCAAGCAGGGAAAAAACGUCACUGAAGCAGCAAAGAAUGCUGGCGUAUCCCACCUGAUCUUCUCCUCACUGAUUGACGUCACUGAGGCCAGCAAGGGCGCCCUUCCAAACGUCCCGCAUUUUGAUGGCAAAGCAGAGAUUGAGAGAUAUAUUCGCGAAAGCAGGGUUCCAGCUACCUUUGUUAUGCCGGGAUAUUUUAUGAGCAAUCUUUUUUCUUCAUUCCAGAAGACAGCUGAUGGCAGCUAUCAAAUGUUCCUGCCCGUAAGCGACAAGGCCCGCUUCCCCCUGUUCGAUGUGGAAGACACCGGAAAAUUCGUCACUGCCGUGAUCAAGAACCGAGAUACUGUUCUUGGGAAGAACAUCAAGGAGGCUGCGGCUUAUUAUUCGCCGUCCCAGAUCGUCUCUGAAUUCACUGAAGCCACUGGGAAACCCGCAUCUUGGGCGCAGAUCCCAGACGACCAAUGGAAAGGCUUCUUGCCCCCUGCUGUGGCACAAGAAUAUCUCGAGAACUUCAAGCUCCUUGAAGGCGCAGGCUACUAUGCUGGUGCGGAGCUCAAGGAGAGCCUGGACUUGGUCGGGAAUGGAGUGACAAGCUGGAAAGAGUUCGCAACCCGCAAUGCUGCCAAGUUCAGUUCUUAA